GGCGGUCUUUGGAUUUUCUCCUCCUUGCCGUCACCCGCAACGCACAGGCUGCCAGCGCCAAGCGCCUGGCUGCCAAAUCUCCUUGCGUCAAGCUCGUCGAGGGCGACCUUGACUCGGUUCCGGCUCUCUUCCAAUACGCCCAGAAGGUUGGCGGCAGCCUGCCACUUUGGGGCGUCUACUCUGUUAAGGUGUCUAUGGGUAAAGGCGUCACACUAGACGGGGAGGUGAAACAAGGCAAGGCAACUAUUGACGAGUCGAUCAAGGCCGGGGUCCAGCACUUCGUGUACAGCAGCGUUGAGCGGGCCAGUGACGAGAGAUCCUGGUGCAACCCGACCCCGUGCCGCACUUCAAGACGAAACAAGAAAUCGAACACCAUCUCGGCAACUCGACUGCAAACGGCAAGAGCACCAUGGGCUGGACAAUCCUGCGACCAGUCAUCUUCAUGGACAACCUCGUUCCAGGAUUCCCGCGCAAAAUUCUCCUCACCAUGCUCCGCGACACCAUGAAGGACAAGCCGUUGCAGUGGGUGGCCACCAAAGACCUCGGUUUCUUCGCCGCCCAGGCUUUCACCACCCCAGCGCUUGAGACAGAAAGGCAGUGGGUCUGGCUGGCGACGAGUUCCUUUGCUCAACUGAGCCAGGCAUUCGAGAAAGCCACGGGACAGCCGGCCGGAACGACGUUCAGCCUGCUCGGAAAGGCAUUGAAACACGACGUGUCGGAAAUGGGCAUCAUGGUGGACUUGUUCAGGGACGACGGAUACAAGGCCAGCCUGCCCGAAAUUCGCGAGCUGCAUCCCAACGUUACAACCAUGGAGACAUGGCUGAGAGAGUGCAUUCGGCAAACCCAUGUGAUCGGCAGGCCGAGUGUGGAGGGGGAGAACUGUUCGUAAUCGAGUGUAACUACUGUAGCAAAGUGAAUUUUGCUCUUCUGCAUCCCUGCUAAGUGACAGUGUGAGACAUCCACCUCAGCAAUGAUUCUUUGAGCUAGUGAAUUAGUCAUAGGCUUGCCGGCCUCCCGGGCUCCGGGACGUGACGUGAUGGAUACGGUGGAGGGGUGCUCUUUAGGUUCAGGUGUCCGAUGAAUCGUGAAC